AUGGCGGGACACCAGAAGGAAAAGGUGACCCAGGAUGAAGUUCAUCAGAACCAGAUUUUGCGGGAACUAUACCUCAGAGAGCUGCGAACUCAAAAGCUCUACACGAUGUAUCACGUAAAUCCCCUGAGCAAAGUUCAUACAAUUGCCAGAAAGCCCAUGUCAUGGCAUGAUAACUUGGAGGAACCUGAAGAUGUCAGGUUUCUAAAUCUCAUUCACCAUGCUGCACAGGAACCAAGGAAGAAAUACCCAGAGACUCAGACAGAAAGUCAAGAAAUAGGAUGGGACACAGAGCCCUUGGUCAACCCAGAACGCAAUGACCGCAGAAUGAACCAUUUCAGGGUCUACAAUGACAUCACUCUGUACAAGGCUAAAAUGUGGAGCUUGGGAGAAGAUGAUCGCCACAAGUAG